AUGACAGCCAUUCCUGUUGCACUCUCGGUGGCAGCGUACCAUAGCACUGUCACGGUACGCCCGACGCAAGCCAGCGCCGACGAAGCCCAGGAAUUUGAUCCCGAAGCACAUCAUGUCAAAGACCGUUGUGGGAAGACUGUUAAAUUUCGCAACCCGUACCCCUCAUACACUUUUCCCACGCCUAAGGACAUCUUCUCGUUAAUGUGGGGCUAUUAUUCGGGGACGCUUAAUUGGCCGAAGCCGAAACUAGAGCAGAAGCUUGUGCCUGUGGUAGAACCGAAGUUUCUACCAACGCGCACUUCGUCGUCAAAACUACGUGCUACUUGGCUUGGGCACGCGUGCUACUACGUAGAGUAUCCUUCGGGGCUACGGGUUUUGUUUGACCCUGUCUUUGAAGACUGUUGCGCGCCUGUUGGAUUUCUCGGUUUUAAGAGGUACACUGAGCCUCCUUGUCAAAUCGCAGACCUGCCUUUCGUAGAUGCCGUGGUCAUUAGUCACAGCCAUUAUGAUCACCUAUCAUAUCCGUCCGUUCAGGAAAUUCAUAAACACCAUCCUAAUGCACACUUCUUCGUUGGUCUAGGGCUUGAGAAAUGGUUCAAGUCAGGGGGCCUGGAAAACGUGACGGAGAUGGACUGGUGGCAGGAGGCGGAAAUGAUCCUGACCCCACAAGCUGCCAAAGGCGAGACGGAUGCCAAAAAUGGUAGCAAUUCAGAGCUCUCGGGCCCCAUUACAGCAAGGAUAUCUUGCCUCCCCUGCCAACACGGUUCCGGCAGAACGGGCAUGGACCGGGACAAAACGCUCUGGGCCUCGUGGGCCGUCGUCUCGGGGGAGCCGGCCAAGUCCGUCUGGUUCGGAGGCGACACGGGGUACCGCGCGGUGCCGAAGGUGCCCGAGGGCGUCGACGACUACGGCCCGGAGUACGCGCACCUGCCGCGGUGCCCGCAGUUCAAGCAGAUCGGGGACAGGUUCGGGGCGUUCGACCUCGGCCUCAUCCCCAUCGGCGCGUACCACCCGCGCCAGCUGUUCUCGGGCGUCCACGCCAACCCGUCCGACGCCGUCGAGAUCUUCUCCGACACGCGGUGCAGGAGGGCCAUGGGCAUCCACUGGGGCACCUGGGUCAUGACGCCCGAGCCCGUGCUGCAGCCGCCGCAGCUGCUGAGGGAGGCGCUGAAGCGGAAGGGGUUGGCGGAGACGGGCGUUUUCGAUGUUUGCGAUAUUGGUGAGACCCGGGAGUUUUAG